AUGGAUCCGAAGCAGGCAAGAACUAAAACAUGCACAGACAACAGCGACAGAGGUUGGCGGUCGGAUGUCUGUGGCAUCGUCGCAAUCGCUUCCAACCAUUCUAGCCUCGAGGCGUCACAGCAAGCUCAAGGCUUUGUCAAAGAGGUGGAAAAGGACAUGGACAUCCAGUGGAGGGAAAGCGGAGCCAGCGGCCGAGACCAGGUGGACCAGAUGUCAGGUCCUGCGGCCUCGUCAGACAACCUGAGGCUGCAGGAACAGUCAGAGUUUCGGGCGUCACAGGACAUGAAGGAUGCUAAACGCCGAGAAGCGCAAUUGGCCUCGCAGGGUGAAAAGUCUUCUGCUGGGCUGCUUCCUAGACGUUUUGCGGCAGACCUGAUGGUGCGCUUCCGCUUGGUGCCAGGGACCCAGGGACCAUGCCCUGACAGGCUCUUUUGUACAGUCUUGGAUAGCCAGGCGCGAAUGCGACAGUGGCACCAGGAUCCGUCCCAGAAGCCGCCGAACAUGUCCAUGCCCCCGGAGCUUGCGUACUGCGCGUCGGAGGGGCUCGAUGAGUUGUCCAGCGAGGGCAUCGGUGCAUAG